CCAGCAGCCGUCGAGCGAGCAGCCAAGCAGGCAGCCAACCAGCCAGCGAGGCAGCAUCGGCUACGACACCGCCAUCACCACCAGCGCUCGUUGCAGUUCUGAGGCAGGCGCCAAUGUACAAAUAUGGCGGGACCCGAAAUUUCGCAAAAUGCUCAAUUUUAUCCAACUUUGGACGCCUCCACGGAACCGCCAUCGAAGAGGAUGCGAGUACUCGACGAUCAGGAGUCACCGAGUACCCCGGAGCGCCUGAAUGCAGUGUCGGGUGAGACGGUAUCGUCGGACAACGGCGAUUCCGGAUUUCUCGAUAUCGCAGGGCGUUGCGGCGACGAUUCCUCGAGCGAUUCGGACGACAGCAUCCUCGCCCUCAGGGGCUCCACUGUGAACCCUCUGGCAUGGGUGAGCGCCAAGAUGCAGGCCGGGGUCGAUCCUAGACCACUCUUGGAGAAGUUAUUACCUUUAAACAUACAGCUUCCUGCUCUCCUCGAUCGGAUGACCAUGUGGAACAUUCUUAUCGAGCUGCUGGGAGAUGAUGAUAAAUUCCACAAACCGCCCAGACCGAGCCUGAGUUACCUGUCGACGCUAGACGAUGCUCUGCACUUGCUGACAACAUGUCGGAAGAUCAUAGUUCUUACCGGCGCGGGAGUCUCCGUAUCCUGUGGAAUCCCGGACUUCCGAUCGAGCAACGGAAUUUACGCGCGAUUACGGCGGGACUUCCCAUCGCUCCCCGAUCCUCAAGCGAUGUUCGACAUGACAUUCUUCCGGCAAGAUCCUCGACCGUUCUUCAAGUUCGCUCGUGAAAUAUACCCAGGACUUUUCGAACCAUCGGCUUCUCAUCAUUUCAUCCGUGGACUCGAGAAACGCGGUCAACUUUUGCGGAACUACACGCAAAACAUCGACACACUAGAGUACGCCUGUGGGUUGGAGCGCGUCAUCGCGUGCCAUGGCGGCUUCUCGACAGCGACGUGCACACGGUGCGACUACAAGGUCGAUUGUGAAGCGUUGCGGGCGGAUAUAUUUGCUCAGCGAGUUCCUUUGUGCCCCAAAUGCCCUCAGCCCGAAGUUCAGCAUUGGGAAACGCAGGGGGACGAAUCACCAGACUCGAGGAAUAUGAUGGCUGUAAUGAAGCCGGACAUCGUGUUUUUUGGUGAAGGUCUACCCAAAGAGUUCCAUGAAAAAAUCAAAGAAGACCGGGAUGAUGCAGAUCUACUAAUCGUUAUGGGAUCGUCGCUGAAGGUUCGGCCGGUCGCUUCGAUUCCCCAUCGGAUGGACCAUAAAGUUCCCCAGAUAUUGAUCAAUCGGGAAGCUCUUCCGCACAUAGGUGCAUUCGACGUUCAGCUUCUCGGUGAUUGUGACGUUGUCAUUCGAGAGUUAUGCGCUCGUCUGGAUGAUUGGCGGGACGAACCAUGGCUGAAUGGCGGCAGACCGUCCACCGAGCCCGAUCAUCCUUACACGUUGGUCGACCUUUCUGAGGGCGAGUCCGUGCCCAAGGAGCAACCUUACAUCUACAGGGUGGCGAACAACACCUACGCCUUUUCUGGCGCAGAGCUGUUUUCGAACAUAUGCACUAGCGACGAUGAGGAAUCUUCGUCUUCGUCCACAUCGUCGUCGCCAUCCUCCUCAGAAUCUUCGGUCAGCGACUCUGAAAGUUCGGACACAGAACUCAUCGUGACACUGGUCGACUCUCUUGUGUACCGAGUCGCAGGACAGAAUUUGGAGGAUGAAACACGCCAAAAAACAACACUGCAACAACAGAACGCAGACGAUGAGCACUAGGGGAUCGGGAUAUGCAAGAGCAGCUGUUGCUCCUGCCGAUACCGCCGAUACCGCCGCCACCGCCGUUUGUCACCAUCACCAGAAAGAAUAAUGUUGGCAGACACACAGUAUCCGACAGAUCAUCGCAGGAUCGGUGAUGGCUUCGAUGACUUUUCACACUAUUAACGUAUUUCAACGAAGGAAGGAGGAAAUUUACGCUCUGUAAGUUCAGACCGUAUAGGCAGAUGAUAAUAAUUAGAGAUAAAUGCCUGUAGUGUUUCACUCUAAUAUAUGAAGAAUCCCAUAUAGUCGUCGGUGACCGGUGUCGGCAUCUCGAGGAAGGAAAAGUUACAAAGAGCAAAAAAAAUAAUCCUCUCGAGCUGCGGAGUGGGCAAACACUGUUCGAUCAUUACAGAGACUGACGAUUGAUAAUCGACGUCUUGAGCCUUAUUUAUAUCCAGCAUAGUACUAACCGUCUCUAUCCAUUUCGGUCAUUUAACCUUUGCGUUACAUUUAAGGAUAAAUAGAUAGAUGGUUAGACGGAUGGGAUGGAAUUGCUGUGAAAAAUAUCCUAUUAUCUCAAGAACUUGAUCGCUGAGAGAAGAAGAGACAAAAUCCGAUCCCUUGAGGUGGCAAUAGAAACGUGUGAAUCAGAAAUUUGUUUGAAAUCCCUGCAAAUGUCUGUGUGUGUAAAUACUUGUAUACAGUAAUUGAAAAGUGAGGGGAAAAGUGAUUUAAGGGGAAUAAGUAAGCUGACAAGAGAUGAUAAUAAUCCAGUAUGAUCUCUUAGUUUUGAUAUUUGUUGAUAAUUGUAACAUAAUAAACUAGACAACAGAUACUCUGUGGCGUGCGUCGCGAAUAGAGUUUCAUGAAUUUCGACUUGAAUUUUCUUAGAUUGUAAUAGAACAAAGAUGUCUCCAUCGUCGCAGACUAAGUCGCAACAAUCUAUAGGCUGAGAAGGAGUGAUUUUAGACACUGAGUUUUCAAGUCGAACCUCGCGAAAAGCCUCGAAAUCUACUGGGGCUCAAAUUCUGUACAGUAAAUAAUUGUAAUCUGAUCAGGCUGUCGUUGUCUAACUCGAUGGAAAUGGAGAGCGAAAUGAAUCCACGAUAAAUUAAGAAUUGAUGAAUGUUAACUGGGUGCUGACGGGGACCGAAUUCCUGACAGCACUGCACAGAAUAAAUCCCUCUGUCCUUUCAACUUU